GAUACUCUGGAGAGGAGAUGCAGAGGCGACAUGACAGAAAGGCAAGUAAGAACAGAGACCAGUUCACUGAGCAAGAAAAACAGAGCAGAAUUAACCACUCAAAGAGAAGUGUUGGAAGGCAUGAGGUGCGGUCCUGGACAACAGCCACCAAGCAAUCCUUGUGUCUCAUGUGGCAAAAAGUGAAAGUGCAGCUAAUGCUAGGCAUGUCUUUCCUCGUCACUAUUUGUUGGUAUUGCAGAAGGCUAUACAGCUUUUUAGCACAGCUACUGAAAUGGUGGAGCAACUACCUUCAGAGAAAACUCAUAAGGAAUCUCAGCGUGCUGACAGAAGUUGACCUACUUGGUUAUAGUGCGAGAGAAUGGAAAGGGGAAACAAAGCAGGCCAAACACAUGAGGGAGGCAUAUGAAGAGUUGUUUUGGAGCUAUCACAUCAAAUAUCUGCGACAAGUCAGGAGGGACAACUAUUGUGUACUAAGAGCAGUGCUUUUUCAGAUAUUCAGCCAAGGCAUUCCUUUUCCAUCAUGGAUGAAGGAGAGAGAUAUAUUAAAGCUCCCUGAAAAGCUUUUGUAUUCUCAAGGUUGCAACUGGAUUCAGCAAUACAGUUUUGGGCCAGAAAGAUACAUGGGUCCCAAUGCCUUUGGUAAAUUGCGCAAAUGUAUGGAGACAUUAAAGACAAAUUGGACUGAAAUAAGUGCUACUAAAGAUCAUGAAGAAAGAGGAAACGUGUGUAAUACACUCUUUUCUGAUGAGAGCAAGGAGCACAAACUGUAUGAGGCCAUAAAAUUCAUCAUGCUCUACGAAGUUGUCGAAGCCUAUGAGCAGAUAAAGAACAGGGAAGAACCCAUACACAACCUUUUUAGCCUUCUCUUUGCUCGUGAUUCUUCAUCUGACCCUUUGAGUUUCAUGAUGAAUCAUCUCAACUCCAUAGGUGACUCUAUUUGCCUAGACCAGGUUGAACUGUCUCUUCUUGGAUACUUACUUGAAGUAAAGAUAAGAGUUUACAGACUGCAUAGGUUUAAUACUGAGGAAUUUCAAGUAGACUAUCCAGAUGAAUACCGAAGGGAAUGGAAUGAGAUUUCUCUCCUGACUGAGGACGACCGCUACUAUCACAUCCCCCUUUUCAGAACAUGAAGGACCAAUGACUGUUUUUUUUCCUUUGUAUAAUACAGUGAGUGACCAGUUCCAGUGAAUUGGGUUUCUAAUUGGCAGCAGUAAGAUUUUGAGAACGCUUGUUAAUGAUUACAAAAUGAUUUAUGGUUUUAUUGUGUAAACAUUUUGCUUUCCCAUUUCAGCUCAAUUCACCACCAGUCGGCCAUAAAAAACAUAAAAUAUUUUGCUAUACUGUCUGGGGGAAAAAUGUCGUAUUUGAGGGUUGUCAGACAAAAAAGCUUAGACUGCAUGACGAAGAAGGCAAAGGUAAUGUUGGGUUUUCCAUUGUUAGCCUAAGGGUUUACUCUGACAUCUCUGGAUGGGUUAAACUCAAGUUCCUAAAGCAAUUACCGGUUUUCCCUGGUCUGUCUCUAGCUAGGGAGGAUGAAUCACACAGGAAGCAACUCCGGGGUCCCACAGUUCAUACUCCGGGCUAUUAAACUUGCAUUGACUUGGGGCUACCUAGGAUGGGAGGAUGUAGAGUGGGGCCUCUGCAUAGCUGCUUCAAAUCACAUGUGGCUUCCCCGGUUGCUGGAACACCUCCCUCCAGGGAUGGGCAGAGCAAGCAGCUGCAGGCUGUACUUACUUCAGGCACCUGAAAUUAGGCUGUCUGCACUCAGCGCUGAUAGCUGAAGCUUAAGAAAUGUUACACAGGGGGGGACAAAAAACCAACCUACAUACAAAAGAAUACUGUGCCAGUGAAUGGAAGAUCUACUUUAUAACUGAGGAAAGUACACAAGCUUUCCCAAACCUAAAAAGGGCAAUAUUAAUUAAUAAGUAACAUGCAAUAGAGUUAGACCCAGUAGCUGCCUAUGGUUUUUGUCAGCUUGUAAAUCCUUUAAGGGCUGAUUUCAACAUUACCUGCCAAGAGAUACCAAGAUUUCCUUUGCAAUUCAUCUGAGAAAGCUGUGCACAGAAUACAGUCACAAACACUGCCUUUUCAGAAAAUACUAAUUUUCUAGGCCUUAUGUACAUUUAGCAGUGUGUAUACAUGUUUUAUCCUCUGUGUAUAUAUUAAUCUCUUUGCAUAAGAUUGCUAUCUUUUGUUUAGACCUCAAUGUUUGAAGCAGUCUGUCUGGGACAACUAAAUGAGAUUUACUCUUAUUCCAUGGAAUAUUUUGCCCAGUUCUCUUUUCUAAAAGAAUCGAUUGUGUUUUGAUUAUUUCUAAAAUAAGGGACCUUAAUUUGAACAAAUAUUAAAAUUAUUUAGCAGAUCUUGCAAGAUAUUUGUGGAAAUCUUACAAUCCCAUAGGCAUACGGUUGUAUUGAAAAAAGUGGGGUUUUAUUAAGAAGCAAAGCCUUGCCUUUCCUUAUGCUAGAGCUAUGGGGACAGGCAGGUUUGGUUUUGAACUCCUACAGGAGAAAAUACAAGCCAGUAACAAAAACGUGAACAGGGCCUGCAGGAGCGAAAGCAGUUGCAUGAGGCAACUAAAUGGUAAUGCUUGCAGUGCACAGAGACCGCUCUGUUCUUUCGUGUAAAGGAAAGCAAUUUCAUCCCUUACAGUCCUCUUAUUUGUAUGUAUAUGUAUAUAUAUUUAUAAAC